AUGUCAUUAUCGGGUUAUGUUGCUCAUAAGUUAAGUAAGAAUAAACCGGGAAAUAGAUCUGAUAUUGGUUGGGAGUAUGGAAUUGAUGUUGAUAGCAAUUCUAAGAAAGUUAAAUGCAAAUUUUGCUCUAAAAUAUUCUCGGGUGGAAUAUAUCGUUUCAAACAUCAUUUAGCUUGUACACACAAAGAUGCUGAGCCUUGUAUUAGUGUUCCUGAUGAUGUGAAAUUAAAGAAAGAUUUAAGGGAAGAUGCUUGUCAAAUGAUCUCUCGUUUUCUCUAUACUAGUGCCAUUCCUUUCAAUGUUGUGAAAAAUCCUUAUUUUGAAAAAGCGCUUGAGAUGGUUACUAGACAUGGUCCAGGAUUUAAGCCACCUACUUAUCAUGAAGUACGAGUGAAAUAUCUAAAGAAAGAGGUGGAACUAACACACGAGUUGUUAAGAGAUUUUAAGAUAGAAUGGAGAAAAACAGGUUGCUCAAUUAUGUCGGAUGGUUGGACUGAUAAGAAAAGACGUUCUAUAUGCAAUUUUUUGGUUAACAGUCCUAAAGGAACGGUUUUUUUAACUUCCAUUGACACUUCUGACAUUUCUAAGACAGCGGAUAAGAUAUUUCAAAUGUUAGAUGCAAUUGUAGAAGAAGUUGGAGAAGAGAAUGUUGUUCAAAUAGUUAGUGACAAUGCUGCUAAUUACAAAUUAGCUGGUGAGUUGUUGAUGGAAAAAAGAAAAAGGUUAUAUUGGACUCCUUGUGCUGCCCAUUGUAUUGAUCUCAUGUUAGAAGAUUUUGAGAAAAAAAUACAUGUUCAUACCUUGACAAUUCAGAGUGCCAAAAGCAUAACAAGUUCAAGAAAUUGGAAAUCAAGUUCAUUCUCGAGUACGGUUGAUGCAAAGAAAAUUGAGGCAAUGGUUAUUGGUAGUCGAUUAUGGUCAAAUAUAAUUACAUGUCUCAAAGCUGCGAGACCUCUAAUUAAAGUACUUAGAAUGGUGGAUUCAGAUGUUAAGCCUGCCAUGGGUUUUAUUUAUGAACAAAUGGAUGAAACUAAAGAAAAGAUUAGAGUCAACUUCAACAAUAUAAAGAGAAAUUAUGAACUUAUUUGGAAGAUCAUUGAUGAACGAUGGGCAAUUCAACUCCACAAACCCUUACAUGCUGCUGGUUAUUAUCUAAAUCCUCAAUAUCAUUAUAGUUGUGAUUUUAAAUCUAAUUUUCAGAUUAAAAAGGGUUUAUAUAGUUGUAUUGAAAGGAUGAUAACAGAUGAAAAUAUGAUAAGUAAGAUAGAUAGCCAGCUUGAAUCAUUUAAAAAUGCAAGAGGAUUAUUUGGUUCUAAAUUUGCAAAAAUGGCAAUAAGCACAAAGUCUCCAGCUGAAUGGUGGGAUUCUUAUGGUGAUGAAUGUCCAGAGCUACAAAUGUUUGCUAUUAGAAUACUUAGUCUUACUUGCAGUUCAUCUGGAUGUGAACGGAAUUGA